ACUUCUUGGCCAGAACUUGACGUCAAGUCAAUAUGGGAACUGACUCUACUAUUCCUGGAUAUUAUUUACCAGUUUGUGCUGCAGUCGGCGGUAACAAGUGCCGAGAUUCUGAAAUCAAUUUCAAGAGCUGAUGUUGAACGCGUCAAGGCUGACUGGAUGCUCCUAGGUGCAAGCACGGUUACAGCUGCGGCUAUGUGUGUAACACCAUCUCAGUACACCGAGCAGAUGGUAGCAGAUCUGUCAAAACUGGCUGGAACUCCCCGAGAGGACGUCAUUCAAAUAGUUUCUGCCAUCACACAUGUUACGUUGCAGCUUCAGAAGUCGCCAUCGGCUGCUACAUAA